GCAAAUCUCUUGGCAGCAGCAGCCGGAAAUUAAGCGGAGAGUGCUGACAGGAAGCGCGAGAGAGAGAGAGGGUGAAGGACAUGGAGUUAGGGACGGCAGCACAGAUGGCCGUUCCCGUCAUAGGAAUCGUUGCCGCCGCCGCCGCAACCUUCUACGCUGUCAGUUUCUUGGAGAUCCGAGAGAAAUCUUUCAAGGAGUUAGACGAGUCAUCGGAAUCGGCAUCGAGUGGGUCUGAGUUUAUAAGGUCUUCUGCAAGCUCGAGAAAGCGCAGAGCCAUGAAGAAAGCCGAGAAAGAAGCAAAAAGGUCUUAGUGAGAGCUAUCUUCAUUUUUCUGAUGAUUAUAACCUGUAUCACUCUCUGUGUUCUUACAUAAGACAUGUUUGUUUGAAAAUAAAGUCGUUUUCGGCUGUAAAAUAUUAACUUAUGUUAUUUUAUUCAUUGUAAAUUAAAUUCGCGCAUAACUUUACUUUUUUAAAGUAUUGUAA